AUGCACGCACAAUCUCGAGAACCUCCUUCUUUCCAAUGGGCUCAUCUCUGGCAACCCGCCAUUGUCAAUCCAGUCAAUCUGAAGAGCUAUACCAUACCAUUAUUCAACUUAUGGGAUCCAUAUGCGAGAGCUUUCCAUCUUAGUUGGCUGGGAUUCUUCGUAGCGUUCUUGUCGUGGUUCGCUUUUCCUCCACUCAUACCCGACGCAAUCAAAUCAGACCUCCACCUCUCCGCUGCAGAGGUGGCAAACUCAAAUGUCAUCGCCUUGACAUCCACCUUCGUCAUUCGAGUCAUUGUUGGGCCACUUGUUGAUAGAUAUGGACCGAGAAAGGUGAUGGCGUAUUUGCUCAUUCUUGGUGCCAUCCCAUCUGGGCUAGCAGGGACAGCACAUGAUGCUGGAACCCUCUAUAUUCUUCGGUUCUUCAUUGGCAUCUUGGGGGCUACAUUUGUUCCCUGUCAGGCAUGGACCUCGGCGUUCUUUGAUAAAAAUUGCGUGGGGACUGCGAAUGCAUUAGUUGGAGGCUGGGCUGGUAAAUGGUCAGAGAGGCACAACACCCCCGCUACACAACUAGCACUUCGUCAAGGAUACCAGACCCAAUACACUCUGCAUCAUGACGAGAGCGCAACGGAAAAGAAUAUCCUUGGCGGCGACAGCGAAAAGGCCAUCGUCAGCAUCACUGAUCCUGCAACAGACUCUGAUGCUUCAGAUGGGGUUGUAGUGCAGUCGACGGUGGACAUUGCCGUUAACGAAACGCUAACUGCAGCGGUUGCAUUGAAACUUCUCGUCAGUCCGCUAACGUGGCUUCCGGCACUGGGAUAUCUGACUACCUUUGGAAUCGAGCUCGCCAUUGACAGCAGCAUGUCGGGGGUGCUAUUCACUUUGUUCAGCAAAAGACGACCGGGGUUCACGCAAACUACGGCUGGGUACUACACAUCAAUCUUCGGGUUAUUGAACAUAGUCACGCGCCCUCUCGGGGGAUACCUGGGGGAUGUCAUAUACCGGUACUACGGUACCAGGGGAAAGAAGGUAUGGACCGUAAUCUGCGGCCUGAUCAUGGGUGCCUCCCUCCUCGCUGGCGGGUUCUAUCUGCAGAACCACCGUACUGCAAACGAUGCGCAGCUCUCUGUGCUCAUGGGCAUCUUCUCUGUCGCUGCCAUCUUCUCAGAGAUAGGAAACGGAGCGAAUUUCUCCCUCGUUCCACACUGCAAUCCAUUCAACAAUGGAUUUAUGUCCGGGCUUGUAGGCUCGUUCGGAAACUUGGGUGGCAUUGUUUUUGCUCUGGUGUUCAGAUUUGUGCCGCAGGUGGGAAAAGCGUUCUGGAUUAUGGGUGUCCUCUCCAUCGCUAUAAACGUCUUGAUCCUGCCUAUUCCUGUACCCAAGCUGUAG